ACCAAACACUGCUGAGAGAAAAAAAAAAACGCAAAAAAGCCUGUCAGCUCAGUGUUCGUCUGGCUGCUCCGAGUCUGUGUGGAAUCAGUCGGUGGAAUAAUGGCACAUAAUGAAACACAUCCCAUGUUGGAGAUACUUAAAUCAUUUAAUCUUGACGAUAUGAUUCUCGCCUUCUGUUUAUCUGUGCUCGUUGGCCUGCUGCUGGGUGCUUUGGUCUAUGUGCUGUUGACCUGGGCAUCCAGGCGCAGGGCCACCGCCAGGAUCACCCAGCGCUCCAAAAAGAGAUCUGGCACUUCACAAACAAACAACCCUGCGAGCAGCCAGAUGGGGCUCUACAGAAGCACUUUCCUGAGCGUCUACAGACAGCCCUCUCUGGAGCCAGUGGGCCCUCUGGGGAGCAAGCCAGGCUUAGAGACCUCCACCUUCCGCCCAGUGCCGAAGAGGAGCAGGGCUGGCCUGGACAUGGGAGAGGACACUCAGGUCAACAUGCCUGAGGACACAGCAGCUUCAGCCUCAUUGGAUUCAGCAUCUCUGGUACCAAACAAGAGGCACUCAUUCUGGUUGGGUGGCAAUGGACUUAAAGGUUUCCUCCCCUCACAGACUCCCCCUCCUGCAUACGACAGUGUCAUCCACGCCUUUGAAGAGACUUGCACUUGAAUCUUAAUAGAACAAGAACUGAAAAAAGCCGAACAUUGUAGGAUUACACUGGACUUUCUGGCUGUUUUCUGAUCUCUAUAAGGGACAGACUCUCAGACCUUCUCUCAUACUUUUCAGUCUAAAGCGUUAUGUCCUUUACAGCAAAAAGAUGUUUCCGCGGCCAUCAAGACUGAGCUCAGUAUUAUAUUACAAGAUAUGCACCAGUGGUGCAAGUAAUCGAUUCAUUUGCAUGUUAGUUUCUCCAUUAAAACAACAGUGUUACAGAAUAAGGGGACUCCUUCAAACUGUUUUGUGCAAAACUCAAAGAUAUUCAUUUUUAAAUGAUAUAAAAUACAGGCUAGCAGCAAAUCAAUCUACUGGAUGAGAUGUGCCAAGCAAGAGAAUGACUGUCUGAUGAUUAAUCAGUUGAUCAUUGCAGGUGCAGAGCAUCUCAUGAACCAUGAUGUAGAGACACUGGCAGUAAAGAGAGCUUGAGGGUGGAUCUGAACAAUCACAUGAGGAUGCGAGAAACACUGUGUGUCACAGAGUUAUAUUAUCUAACCAGCAAUAAAGAUUUAAUGAAGAUUUUA